GUCAGUCUGCCGUUUGAAGUGCUUGAGUGCGCGUGCCAACUUGAAUCGCUUGCGAAAGUAACCCCCCAAACCAAUUUCGAUCCAGACCCUCCGAAAACCCCUUCGAGAUCGCUUUUCAAGAUCAGCGUGGAGAUCCCCAACGCUCCUGACUCGUUUUCAAUCGCUUCAACUCUCUCUCUCUCUAUCUCUGUCACUAUCUCUAUCUCUAUCUCUCUGGCGGGUUUCGUGUGAGUCGUAAACAUAACUCAAAAGCGCUGGCGAAGUCAGUAGCCGGCUACACGCGACUCGGUUCGGAAGUCUCCACCGCUGACAAUCAUUAAUUCCUCACCCCUUCCCCCACAAAAAAAAUUCGCGAUAAGGGUGUGCACAACCUUUCAAAUAAAACAAGUUAAAUAAGUUAAGGAGGGAGUGCAAAAAAAACCAUAUGAAAUGCAACUUUUCGACGACUUUUGCAAAAGCUUCAACAAGGAAUUGCAACGGGCGAAUUUCGGUUUCGCCUACAAUCGCGUCCAUUUGUUCUACAGAUCUCAGUGGCAAAAGGAUGAAAUCAACACAACAUACUUACUAUAUCGUUGGAUAUGGGCCCUAUUUUUCCUGGGCACCUACAUUAUGUGCAUGAUUGUUCAGUUUUGCGGUGGAAAGUUCUUCAUCUACAUGACCAACUGGGGAUUUGGCCUCUGCACUCUCACCUUGUUGAUCUCCGCCGUACAAGUCACCUGUUGGCACUUCGAUUGGAGGAAUACACGGAGUCUGGUACAGGAAUCCGCCCACAAAGCCGAAACCUCAAGGGGUCUGAAAAUAUACUGGUGGCUCUACAAUAUGACACUUUCGCUGGCUUUGAUUAUAUCAACAGUUUACUGGGUGUUUCUCCAUGGAAAAAUGAAUAAGCCCAUGCGAUAUCCUGCUAUUAGCAUAAUUACCCACGGUCUAAAUUCCGUGAUGAUGCUGAUUGAUUUCCUGGUUGUGGCAUUUCCUCUCAGGAUCCUUCACAUGGUUUACGGAAUGAGUUUGGCGAUCUUUUUCUUCUGCUUCACCCUGAUUUACCACUUAUGCGGGGGUACAGACGAAUUCGACAAUCCCUAUGUGUAUCCCAUUCUGGACUGGAACAAUCCGAAGCGCUGUCUGGUGACCUUUGUGGGCAUCUUUGUGCUUAUUAUUUGCUACUGGCUGCUGCUCUUCGGAGUCUACAAGCUGAAGAGGAUGUUUAAUAGGGCCUUCAGUGUGGUCUGGACUCCCCAUGCUGUGGGUCUGAUAUGAGGGAAUUAAACGUUUAGUCAAAGACACCACAGAUAUAUAAUAUCACCUCAUUAUCACCCGCACAUAUUCCCAGUUCUAUAAGCAUCACCAGCAUUAAGUAAGCCCCACUUCCAUUCAAAACUGAAUCACAAAAGUUGACAAUUAGGGGAGUCACACAGGUCCACACACAUUCGCAUGCAUUUAUUUAUAUCUAGUAUUUUGUAUUGUAAGUUUUAAUCGCCUGGUUCCUUAACUUUCAAUUGGUUUAAUUAAGUUAACAAUUAAGCGUUAACGUUGUUACUACAUUUAUGGAUUAAAUACCAUAAAUAUGAGAAUUGUUGAAAUACUUUAGUUAAUUUUAUUAUCACGAGAAUUAUGGAAGUAAAUAAACGCUGUAUAAAAAUAUAUAGAGAGCUUAUAAAACAAGAAUCGAAAUAAAUGAAAAUGUAUAUAACAAA